UAUUCCAGUCCGUUUGGAUGUUUCUCCGCAUCGACCUUUUUGUGGCCUGGGCAAGUCCAAAUAUCACCCACCACAUUUCCCUGGUGGUAUCCUGAGAGUUGCGAUAUUUACUCCUACGAAGUCAUCCAGGCUCAGGUCAACCAUGGACAAACUCCUCUCGCAGCUGAAGGGAAAAAUAGGUCCUGAGGAUGUAGAUAAAUUAAAGGAUUGUAUUAGAAAUACGAAGACUGUCCAUCCGUCUUACCGGGAUACUCUUGAGAAAUCAUCAACAUUUGAAGAGGUCUGGCACCUAUUAGAAAUGCGCCAAAUAAUUUGGCCGGGAAAUUAUGACUUCCUGAACGGUAUGUUCAAAGCAAUUGGUAGGCGUGACUUAGUCUUGGACAAUGAAGAACGUGAAAGAGAACUCAAAAUGUACUCACAGUCUCGUCCCGUGUCAAUGGCAGACGCCUUAUAUGACCAAGAUGCAGAUACUUCUAGAAAGUCAUCCAGUACGAGGUCAACCAUUGACAACCCUUUAAAAUACCAAGAUGCUGCAAACACGCCUACAAAUGAGUUAUCUAUGAGUCCCAACAAGUCAACCAUGGUCGAAGCCUUAAAUUACAAAGAUGGGGCAGAUAUGUCUACAAAGUCAUCUAGUCUCAGGUCAAGCAUGGGUGAUGCAAUAAACUACCAAGAUGAUGCAGAUACGUCCAGAAAAUCUUGCAGUCGCAGGUCAACCGUCGAUAAUGCCUCGCGGUUCAAGUCUGUUCCCGUUUAUUCAAAAAAGUCAUUAACAGUCCGGCCCAUGGCCAUGGCCGUCGUUCUCCGGCACCUGGAAGAAAAAAUCAGUCCUUCUGAUUUACAUAACUUAAAGGCUGUAAUUUUAGAAAGCAUUGCUCUCUUCCCGGAUUUUCUUCAACAAUUCACGCUUGAGGAAGUCUGGCAGCUAUAUGAACGGCUCACAGGAAUUAGGCCUGAAAAUUAUGACCAUCUGAAAACGAUGUUAAGAGCAAUUCGUAGGCCCGACUUAGUUGAUGACAUUGAGGCGUUUGAAGAAAUAAUUCCAAUGAAUCACGGCUGUUUAGCCCAACCUUUAAUCGACAUCGGCAAGUAUGCCAAGAGUAGGUGUCUUGGGCAUGGAAGCUUUGGCAGCGUCCACUUGUUUGUUUUGAAAGCAGGAAAUGAUGAUACGUUCGAACGAGUAGCAGUGAAGGAAAAACAGAUUGAUAGGAGAAGAGGAUUCUACACAGAAGUUGAGAUGCUUGGUAAACUAAAUCACCCCAAUAUAGUCCAGUUUCUUGGCUGUCAGGAUGAUGGAAUGAAGCUUUUGAUAUUUUUUGAGUACAUGUCAGGGGAAUCCAUUGCUCAAAGACUAGCUGAGGGGCCUUUAACUGAAGACCAAACCAGAAAGUACACCAGGGAUAUUCUGAAAGGUCUUGAGUACAUUCACUCUCAAGGCGUUAUCCACAGGAAUAUAAAUGGAAAUAAUAUCCUAUUCAAUAGCUUCAACACCGCCAAGUUGGCCGGUUUUGCGAUGUCUAUUGAGAUAUGUCCACUGACUUCCGUACCAUACCGAGAAAAAUUUGUUAGAACAAUUCCUUUCAUGGCACCUGAAGUGGUGACGAGCGAUGAGAGGCAGCUGGAGUAUGGAACAAAGCUAGAUAUUUGGAGCGUUGGUUGCACAGUGGUUCAAAUGCUUACAACAAAACCACCAUGGGACUAUAUCGAUUAUCCAACCAAGAUUCUAUUCAAAAUUUGUAGCGGCGUCUAUCCCGAGUAUAAACUACCAAGUGAUGUUUCCAAAGGUGCAAGAUACUUUAUCAAGAAGUGCUUCACACAAAACCCAAAAGAACGGCCAACAGCAUCUGAGCUCCUAUUUGAUGACUUCUUAAAGGAAGAAUUUGGCGAACAUGACAAGGGAACCAAACAACAGAAAUUGGUGCAUGUCGGACUUCCUCGGCUACGUUUGCGCGAUGAAGAAGAAGAAGAUACUGACCAAGAUGAAGAGCUAGCGAAACCAGUCACUGAAUCUGGCGAGGGAACCAUGCAAGAUAAAUUGGUACAUGCCAAGCUACCUAGUGCGUUGCCUGUGCAGGAUUACAAGGAAACCAGACAUGACCGAGAGCAGCCGGUAAAACCAUAUAGAAUGACGUUCACACUAGACCAGCCUUUUAACGAAGACUUGAACAAUGAAGAAUCGGAGGCUUACAAGCAACUCAAGCAACAGAUUUUAGACAAGCUGCUUAGAGAGGCUUUUGGAGAUGACUUUAAGAAAAUAUCUCUCUUGAAAUUUGAAGAAGGUUCUAUCAAAGCUGUGUUAGUGAUUGAACUCGCCGGGGAUGAAGAUAUUGAAGAUGUUAAAGAAAAACUUCGAAGGGUUGAGGACGAUGUCCGAGGAUCAAUGCAGUUAGUUGAGUCCUCUCUUACCAUCACUGAAGUUUUCGUCUCCUGGUGGCAAAGCGAAGAUUCAGAUUGGACCAACUUUUGGUGUUGAAGGUAAUCUGCCCUUAGCUUUUACAUUUACAGUCGUUUCAGAUUCAUAGCCCUAGCCCACUGUUAUGAAACCUGCCAUGCCCUGG